AUGCUUCGGCCUGUAGUAGUAUGCAGCACGCUUGCUCUUUUAGUUGGUCUUGUUGCCUUCCGAUCGUCUAUCUUCAAAAACGACGACGGGAAGAGACCAUGGCAGAAAGCGGAUCAUCAUCUAUCAAGAUUGCUGAGAGCUAGAGCAUUUGCUUCGUAUUCUAGCCGGCAACUGCCGGACCUACGUUUCGUGCUCCUCCAAGGAGAAAAGGAAACAUGUUGGGGGUCCCUUGUUCACGAUGAUAUUGUGUUGACUGCCGGCCAAUGCGAUGCCUACUUGCAGUUCAACGAUACCGCAUACGUUGGCUUUCCUCAAUUGUCACAGGCACAUCAGAUUGAUUUUAUAGAAGUUCAUCCCCGUUUUGAUUUCCCCUACGCAGAUUUCGCCGUGAUCAAAUUGGCAACCCCCGUGCCAAAUGCAAUCUUAAGACCCAUUAGUCAAAACCAGUCUGUACCCGCAAUCGGCAAUAACCAAGCCACAUUUAUGCGGCCUACGAGCCCAAGUGACAUGACGGACGUUGGUGUAUCACGACAGAGCCAACCCUCAGAAACAGAGAACGUACCAGUGCAGAUUCUUCCCAAGAGUACCUGCCAAGAGGUGUACCAACCUCCAAUUAUCCAUGCUCUCAUGAUUUGUGCGGCAGUCAAUGACACCAACAACAUCACCCAGAGCAACAGGUGCAUGAAUGAUGCUGGCAGCCCGCUGCUCGAUCAAGAUGGGUUCCAGAUUGGGAUUGCCAGUACAGGGAACGGGGGUUGCGGAAGCACUAGUGCCCCAGGACUAUUUUCUCGAGUGGCGUGGGCAUCGCCAUGGAUUCAACAAGUCAUAUGCGCUCUAUCAGCCUCUCCUCCUCCUGCCUGUGGAGUAGUUCGCACUGGCAUUGAACAAGAGCAGCCAUCGAAACCGGCAAGCACAAACCCAUUUACUCACUAUCAGGGUCAAAGAAGACUUUCUCUAUUCUAA